AUGGAUAGCAGUCCAACCAAUGUCAUGCUCCAACAGGAAGGUGGUACAGCAGGUACAUAUGCUGCUCUGACGUGUGUGUGCUGCCAGGUCCGCCAGGAGGAGUGUCUUCCCAUACAGCAACAGGAUGCCAGAGUCCGCGUGUGCCAUGCGGGUCUCGAAGCGUUCAUUCGAGACUUAUUCAACGAGGACAAUCCUGUCAAGGAAUUGCAGAUUCUGAUCUGCCACGCACUGCAACCUGGCCAUAAGAACCAUAAGUCGAUCCGCGAAAUCGAGCUACUUUCAAUCUUGCGAGCGCAGGCAAAUUCGCCCAUACACUUUACGUGUCAGGCUUUGCAUCUAUAUCGACGCAAUGACAUGGAAGUGGUCCCGACCUCAGCUACCGUCACCUAA